AUGACUGAUUGCAGCCAAAUACAAGGAGUGGUGAGCAAAGAGAAGUUUGAAAAGUCUAGGGCCUAUAGCAUUGACAAGAGUCGCUUUCACUUUAUCCAUGUUGCAGUGGUAAUCAUUGCGGACUCUUUAAUUUUACGUUUUAGAGAGCUACCAUGGGUUUGGCAGAAAUCAGAAGUUGUAGUUUUAAAGUUAGGGCUGGAUCCUCAAAAUGAAAUCAUUCAUACGUUAGGUUUUUUGCUAGCUAUUACUCUAUGGUCUCAAUUUAUAUAUCUUCCCUUCUCAUUGUAUUCAACCUCUGUCUUUAAGUAUUGACAUGGGUUUAGCAAAACAAUUUUUCUAUUUUUUAGAGACAUGCUCGUUAGUUUGGGUCUUAUGGUUUUGCUUGGACCACCAAUUGUUGCCGGAGUUGUCAUAAUUGUCCAGGAAGGAGGUUCAUACUUAGCAAUUUACCUCUGGGCAUUUACGCUGGUUUUAUCAAUUGUGAUGAUGUCUUUGUACCCAGUUCUUAUUGCUCCACUCUUUAAUAAAUUCACUCCUCUUCCGGAAGAAGAGCUCAGGUCAAAUAUUGAGAAGCUAGCAUCAUCUCUUAAAUUUCCAUUGUGGAAGCUCUUUGUAAUUGAUGGAUCAGCAAGAUCGAGUCAUAGCAAUGCGUACAUGUAUGGUUUUUACAGUAGCAAGCAGAAUGUGAUUUGA